AUGCCUUCUCCAUCUUCCGACUCCCACAUCCCAAAAGCAGGUGACCGUAGCACGCUCUGUUCUUCCAUAUUCCACUUUCUUGAAUCACAUUCUUCGCUUCAUCUCGGCGGAGACGAAGACUUUCACGCUGAGCGGAGAAAGCAUCUUGAAGUCUUUGGUUUUCACAACAUCCCAGAAGACAAGCAAUAUGCCAUUGGGAGAGUAGAGUUUACGGCUGUGCGAGGCCCGCAUGGAAUGAUUCCAGUCCGAAUUCUGUAUCCGAAAAGCGGAAAGGCAGAAGGCGAGAACGGGGCAUGGGUAUAUUUCCAUGGCGGGGGGUACACAGUAGGAAGUGUAGAUGAGUUUGAGAAUGGGUUGAGGCAGGUUGCUGAGGAGAGUGGGGUACAGGUCUGUGCAAUCGACUACCAUCUCGCACCAGAGUUCAAAUUCCCAACCCAACUAGACGAAUACGACACCGUUAUCGAUUGGCUUCAGGGCGGAGGAGGCAAAGCACGAGGCGUUCACCCUGAUCGUGUCUGUGGCGGCGGCGAUUCAGCAGGCGGAAACAUGACAGCAGCAAUCUGUCACUGA